UGCGACGGCAGAUAUACGGGGACCACCGUGUAUCUGUACGGCAAAGAGCUGUCGGGGACGAUCCCUCCGCAGCUGGGCGACAUCUCGCUGCUGAAGCACCUUAGUCUAGAGGGCAACUCCAUCUCGGGCACCAUCCCUGCGGAGAUGAGCAAGCUCUCGCAGCUGAAGUACGUUAGGCUGUACAACAACAUCAUCUCGGGCACCAUCCCUUCGGAUAUGGGCAAGCUCUCGCAGCUGUAUAACCUUUGGCUGAACAACAACGCCAUCUCGGGCACCAUUCCUCCAGAGACGGGCAAGCUCUCACAACUGAAUAUCCUUUCCCUGAACACCAACUCCAUCUCGGGCACCAUCCCUGCGGAG